AUUCGCCUUCACUGGUGGAUUGUCCCUCCCGGCUCCCGUUGCCUACCCUACUUCCUUCCGUGGCUGUAGUAGCCAUGGCGGCUAUGAGCCUGCUGCAGCGGGCUUCGGUCGCCGCUCUGACAGCUCUGUCUGGCCGCCGCGCUGGCACUAGGCUCGGAGUCGGAAGUUUUCUCACACGGAGCUUUCCGAAGACUGUCGCUCCUGUGCGGCACAGUGGGGACCAUGGCAAGAGACUGUUUGUCAUCAAGCCUUCCUUAUACUAUGACGCCCGCUUCCUGAGAUUAAUGAAAUUCUACCUUUUGUUGACUGGGAUCCCAGUUAUAAUCGGCAUAACACUGGUGAACAUAUUUAUUGGUGAAGCUGAACUCGCAGAAAUCCCAGAAGGCUACAUCCCAGAACACUGGGAGUAUUACAAGCAUCCAAUAUCACGAUGGAUUGCCCGGACUUUCUACGAUGGACCUGAAAAGAACUAUGAAAAGACCCUGGCUAUCCUCCAGAUCGAGUCUGAAAAGGCCGACUUACGGUUAAAGGAGCUGGAGGUUCGAAGACUGAUGCGUGCCCGGGGUGAUGGACCUUGGUAUCAAUAUCCAACCCCUGAAAAGGAGUUCAUUGAUUAUUCUCCAAAAUCAACUCCUGACAACUGAUGAUUCGUCUGUUCCUCUAGUGGGAAGAAAGGAAUAAAUACUCUGUAUUUUCACUCGGAUGCACACAAGCUUCUGUGGCUGUUUCUUCAUGUGGUUCAGGUGAUGCGUUUGUUCUCUUGGUCCUUUCAGCUUCAUCUGUUGCGGUUUACAGGGCAAUAAUAAAAGCUAGAGGCCUGGGAACUUGUGAUUUCCUAAAGUGACACUGUUGAUAACCUUCGUCUGGCAGGGAGACGGUGCAGAGGUCCUGUGAGUGAGUAUUCAGGAACUGUGAUCUUUGCCAUUGCAGGUGGGGUUACUUGGGACUACUUGGAAUUUUAACUUCACAAGAAAUACUGAACUAACCAUAUAAAAUUAUCAGCACUAGAAUAAAUAAACUAGUAGACUAGUCUUUAGUAAACGAGUCUUAGAGUUUAUCCUG